CAAUUAAAACUGAUUGCAGGAAUGUUGAUUACGCAAACUAACGGAAAGAAGCUGAUAUUAUUUGAAGAGUAUACUUUUUUAAAUACUGGAAAAGUCACCGCAGGUUUAUUCAAAUGGAAGUGCACAGACUCUGAUUGUACAGCCUAUCUUUUGGUGACGCAUAAUCUAGACAUAUUGAAGACGAAACAUAAACACGCACAUGACACUCCUAAGUACAAGAAGACGCCUAGAGGUUUUUACGAUUUUGAAUGUGAUGAUUAAAACUACUGCAUACAAAUGUUCACACAUAGUACAAAUCGUAAGCGGGACCAGCAAAGUCAAACAUUUUAAAUCAGUUUUCCUAGCGUUAAAAAAACAAGAAAAUAAAAAUAUUGUAAAAUCAUUUCUUUCGACUGUUGAUGAUGAUUUCCUGAUUAUUAUUUGAAUACGCUCAGUAGUAGUAGUCUACAGUCUUGGGAUUGUGUAUAUUAUACUACAGGUACAUAUGCUGAUUCAAGAAGAGGAAUCUCCUUUGAACCCUUCACCCUUUGAAAUCAGCCCUUUCUAACGUCUUUUUGUGAGUGUGUGGUAUUAUUCAUAAUCCCAAAUACUGUAUA